AUCGAAAUACGAAACAAACGACGAAGUCCUGUACAGUACGAAGUUGAUCGCGCUGUCAAACUCUUUGAUUCUUCUGAUGAAUUAAUUAAAAUAUAACUUAAUAGUUAAUAAUUCCAUUAAAACUAUUUAUUUUUACUACGUACUCAAUUUACUCUGCUAAAUAAUUUAAUUGAUAAGUGAUUAAGAAUAAAAAUAAAACAAUUACAAUGAUUAAGUAUUAGACAUGCGAAUAUUUUGCGUCAAGGUAUGUCAAAAAACUUUUAAAUGAUAGUUACUAGUGUUAAAAAAGUUAAAAAAUGUUUGUUGAUAGUGAAGAAAUGAUUGGCCCAUCAUCGGGUAUGAGUAAUAUGCCAAAUCGUAAAAUAAACGAAAACACGGUGCGAGUUAAACGUCGAACUUUCGAUGAACUGGACAUCGAAAGUUUUUGCGAAGAAAUAUGUCAGUCGAAUAAAAAGCAUCAUUCAAUGGAAAUAAAUGAUGAUCCAUUGGAUAUUAACAUGACUGAAGUAAAUGCAUCGUCUUUUCCAUUGGUCGCUUCGAUUCAAGACAAUUCAAACACCGGUCCUGUAGCGAGACUUGAAGUCCUUGUAGUCGACGGUACCUGGGACAUGGAAAAUUUUGAAAAAUCCGAUUUUAUUCAACUAGAAUCCUCAGAUAUCAUUGAACCAGAAAUUUUAAAUAACGACGGACAAAAUAUUGCUAAUGAUUUAAAUACUGUACUGUCUUACUGGGAACAAGUGCCAGAUGAACAAGUUAAAAAUAAUAAUAGUAAUAGCAACUCGAGUUCAAAUAAUUUUCAACAAACUUCUUUAGUUAAUAAUAUUAAUCAUAAUAAUAGUAAUAAUAAUAAUAACAAUAAUAAUAAUAAUAAUAUUAAUUGCAACAAUCAGUUGGAUGAAGAGGAUGGAAACCUAUCGUGGCUAUUAGAUUUUAAACUUGACUCAUUAAUUGAAGCACCUGAUGAAAAAAUAAUUACCAAUACUAAAAGCCGUCAACCAUUUAAUUGUACGGACAAUGCAUCAAUGUAUCAGAGUUUAAAAAAAAGUAUUGCUGAUGAAACUGUACAAAAACAAUCAAAUGUUUCAUGUGGAUUAUCCAGCAAUUCAAAAUACUCCGCAGAUCGUUAUGGUGGACUUAAAAAACCGCCUUUUACGUACACUGAAUUAAUAGAGCAUGCUCUGCAAGAACGUGGUGAAUUAACAGUAUCAGCAAUUUAUCAAUGGAUAUCGGAGCAUUUUCCAUACUACAAAACUAAUGAUGAUCGUUGGAAAAAUUCAGUAAGACACAAUUUGUCAAUUAAUCCGCAUUUUCGAAAAGGAUCUAAAGCACCGCAUGGUGCAGGACACUUAUGGACAAUAGCCAAUCGAAAUGAAAUGCGACCUCGACAAUUGUUGACAAACAUUGCCGGAAUAUCAGGACGACCAAUAAAAACUUUUCCAGAUAAUGACACAAAAAAAAAUAAUGUGAUAAUUGAUGAAGUAGCAGCAGCAACCGCAAGUAUAAGUCAACCAGAUAACGUCUUAUCACCAAUAACUCUCGAGCACUGCGCUGAGCAGAUAUUGAAUGGCAUUAAAAAGGAAGUACAGGUGCAGUAUCUAAUGCCAAUAAUGACGACAGUCCAACGAGAUGAUUCAGAGGCUACUGGACACAGACAACUAAAUCACAUUGGAUUCAAUUCAGCGACAAAAGAAACUGGUACCGACUUUUUAAACCCAGUAUCCAAAGAAGUCGUCGCUGAAGAGUGCGGUCUCAUUGGGGAAAGUUAUCUGGUGACAGAUCUAAAUCCAUCAGCUUUGGGUUUGAAUUUUAUAGAACCUGAAACUAUAACGCCAGAUCACUUGUUCGGCGAGGAAUUGAGCUUUCAGUUUUACGAAUUGACUUCACCCUCUCAGCUGCAGUCAGCCUGACAGUCAGAGAAAAAUCAUCUGCGCGUGAUAUUUAUUGAUGGGAGUAAAGUUUUAUCAAAUGUACGAGUUGUCAACAGUGAAACAGUUAAUUCUAAAGAUGAUGACGAUUCAAUAACUCAAUCAACUAGUCAGAGUGUACUUGAUGAAUCAUUGAAAAAUGUCAAUAACAGUUGAUUACAUUUACUAUUAUAAUUAUUGUCAGUGAUGUGACGACUUUAACGUUAUUUUCUGAUUCAAUUGAAAAGAAACAGACCUAUUUAUUUAUCGAAAAAUAUAAUUAUUUGAAAUAUAUUCUUAAUCAUAGUUUUGGAAAUGAUGUUUAUAAUAUUAAUAAUAAUGAUGAUGAAGCUUUAAUCAUUGAAUUUAUCAUAAAUGCUUGAGUGUGUUGAUACGCUGUAAUACUUUA